UAGAAAGGUCUGGGCCGUUCUAUAAUGCCUAUUUAUGUAACUAUGAUUCAUAGUCACAUCCAAGUGAUUUAGGACUGUUGUAUAAAAAGGGCAAACCUGUUGCCAUACGGCAUACGUGACAGUCAUAUUAGAAGUGAAUACAUGAAAGCACAACACUAUCCUAGGUAAAGAACAUAAACUUAUUGGCAAAGAAGAUGUCUUUGACAGUCAAAGCAACAUUGCAUCGGACAGAACCCGAAAUACGACGGUUUGCUGUACCCGCUGAUGUAUCCAGCAGUUUCGAAUACCUGAAGAAGAAGAUAUCUGACAUCUUCCCCAGUCUGCGCCAGGGAAAAUUUGCUCUGUAUUGGAAAGAUCAAGAUGGAGACCUGAUCACAUUUAACUCUGAUGAGGAGCUGUUGGAAGCUUUGGGAUUUGUGAAUGAUGGCAUGCUCAGGGUUUUCAUCAAUGAAUCAGAUGGUCAAUCUACACAGGGGGCUAGACCUGAUGAGGGGACUGGAGAGAAACACCCCAAUGUCAUCUGUGAUGGAUGUGAGGGGGCCAUAUUUGGGUCACGCUUCAAGUGUGUCAUCUGCCCCGACUAUGAUCUGUGUGCAAGCUGUGAGAAGAAAGGAAUGCAUAGCGAACAUGACAUGCUAAAGAUAACCACACCUGUUAGUGGUGGACCAGGAUUUUUUGCAUCAAUGUUUGGGCCUCCCCCACAUUGUCCUCCCCCACACGGCCCUCAUGGCCAACAUGGACCUCAUGGGUUUGUACCUCCUCCUCACUUUCGUCGCUGGAUGCAGAGGUUCAUGAGACGCUGGCACAACAGGAAUGCCCCAGGACAUAGUGGAGAAGAAGGCCAGGCCCCUGAAUCUGAGGAACCACAGGAAGAUCCCCAAGGGGAGGGAACUCCAGAAGAUUACCUUAAGACUAUUGGAGAGUCUGUCCAGGCAAUGCUCGACCCUUUUGGAAUAGAUGUUGAUGUGGAUGUUGAAACUAAUGGACGUAGAACACGCUGUGGGGGAGGAAUACGUGGCAGAUCUGCUGGGCGUGGCAACUGUAGGGGGCGUGGCCAGUGGGGAGGAAGCUGUCCUAGGAUGGGAUCCCGUGGUAACGGGACUUGUCCUUUUGCCCAAGGCAAGGGCCAAACUAAGAAACAAAGCGAGGAGAAACAGCAAACCAAAGAAACUGAACCGCAAAUGAAGGGAGAUGUAGAGCCAAUGGAGAAGGAUACAACCCCUACCCCCUCACCUAGUCCCCAGACUCAACAGCAAGACAGUCCCAUGGAGACCAGAGAGAAGCCAAAAGAGACAGACGAGUGGACUGUUCUGUCUGGAGAAGUUGAAGCUGACGGACAGCAUCCAUCACCUCUACAACCUACCCCUGUCCAAGUCCCUGGGCCAGCUCCUGGGCUUCAGCUGCCUCAGGGCGCUGGUCUUUCUGCUCAGCUGAUUUAUCCUCCAUCUGAUCCCAGAGUGGUUGAUUCUCUCACUCAGAUGCUGGCUAUGGGUUUCCAUAAUGAGGGAGGCUGGCUCCAACAGUUGUUGAUAGAAAAAGAUGCUGACAUUGGUAAAGUCCUUGACGAGAUAAAGACACGUCAAGUCAACAGGCAGAAUACAAAUGGAUACAUGGCAUAAAGCUGUUGUCUCCAGACACAUUUCGGGAACAACUUCUGACCUUACCCUCGGGCAAUGACCUUUGAACUUUUUAUAUAUUGUGUGUAACCUAAUGUAUAACUCCAAUGUGUAACCAGAUGUGUAGUGUUAUUGGAUUAAAGACUUGGUUUAGAUCAAUUGGUAUUUAUGUUGAAGGCAAUUUUACCAUAUUUCUUCUUUUUACAUUGAUAAAAAUUGUUUUGAGGUAAUAUUUCUUUAAUUACAUGUACAAAAUUAAUGUGUACUAUAGUGAACUAUGAACUUAAGGUGGUAAUAUUGGCACUAGAUCAAACCACCCAAUUUAGGCCAUUUUCAAAAACUACAAUUUAUUAUGUAUUACUUUUGUUGUACAUAUUGAAAAUGUUUAAACACAAUAUUUUAUGUACCAUUAUGUACCAUAUACAAUACUAUGAUUUCGGUCCAAGCAUAACAAACCAUGAAGUGAGCCAUUCUGAGAAAAUGCUAUCUGUACGUCUUGUACAGUGGCUAUACCUCGCAGGACGAGUUGUACCGAGUUCGUGGUAGGUCUUGCUUUAUCAAAACCACCAGUGAGACUCAAUUUAUAUUGUUAUGCUUAUAUUGUUGUGGGUAUGAUUUUAAUUUGGCUUUGUAUCUUGGUAUAUUUUGUGGAUUUUUAUUAACAUUUAAAAGAUUCCAUUAAUGAAAUAAUUAUGAUUUUAUUGAAAAUACAUGUAUUGGCUAAAUUUAUUUCUUGCAGAAUUGUUAAUUAUGUUAUGUGGGAGAUGAGGCUAUCAAUUCAGACAAAAUUACAAAUCAAAGAUAACUGAACAAUAAACAUUUCAGAUUAAGUUAAAGGAAAUUGUACUUUUAACACAGUAGUAUGUGUACAGUUUUACAUCAGAAUGUUUUUGACUGGACAAAGAUCAAUUAAAAUUGUUUUCUAAUGAUUGGUACAGGUCUGUAUAAUGAAUUGGUGAUUUUAUGUAUUGCUAAUCUUAAAAAUUAUCUUUAUUUACUGGUAAAAUUAUUAUUAUUUGAUUGACUUUAUCUUUUGGAAAUAUUUGUGUCUAUGAUAAGGCUUUGGUAAUUAGCUCAUUUUGUAGGCAAAUGUGGCUGUGGAGAUUUGGACACUCAGAAAAUACAUAAGAUGGUUAGAAAAGUAAACUUUGGUUGCAAAAUAAGUUAAAUACCAAACCAAUGAUAUUUGAUGAACGACAUGGAAAGGUACAGAUGAUAUUUGAAGAAAGGUUUCGAAAGGUGUAAAUGAUAUUUGAAGAAUGGUUUGGAAAGGUGCUAAUGAUACAUGUAUUGAAAAUGGCUCAUUUACUUUUAAAUGAGGAGACAGGAAUAUGUUAAUACAUCACUGAAAACAGUAAGUUAAAGUUUUGCAAGGUCACGAGGGUCAAGGUGGAAGGUCACGUCUGGGCUUUUAACCAAUGAAGGAAAGGAAAGAAGGGAGGAAUCACCAAUGGACUUUCAUUAUAAUUAUAUGUUUUAUGGUUCUAUGUCUAAUAAACUUGUCUGCAAUUAA